AUGCAGAUCUCUCUCACUAGUGAUGAUAAUGAGGAUACAUAUGUUUCAGACACUGCUGGUAGUGGUGGUACUACUACUAGUAGUAACAGUACAAGUAGAGGUGUUGUUAAUGAGGAUGUAAUAAAGCGUGAGAUACUGAGCCGACUUCCUGUCAAGUCACUUAUGCGUUUCAAAUGUGUUUCUAAAACCUGGCUGUCUCUCAUUGAAGAAGAUCCACAGUUUGCUGCUUUGCAUUAUGCACAUGCAAAAGCACGUCCAGGUAUCCUUUUCGUGAUUCCGCGUGCUCGGCCAACGGAUCCAAAUAAUCCGCACCAGAACAAACAUGAUCGGUUGAUUUUAACAGCCAAUCUAAUUAAAGAUCAAGGAAGCAAAGCAGAAGCUCACAAGAUAAGGAAGGUAAAAUCGUCUCGUUAUAAUCAGAUUCUUGGACCUGUAAACGGUUUAGUCUGUUUUGUUGACAAACUCAAGUCUGAUGUUUGUGUAUACAACCUCAGCACUAGAGAGAAAACUCCAGGUAUUAGAUCGACAUUGCUAAUGCCAAUAGAAGAACAGUGGAGCAAUUCUUUUAAUAAAAUCUAUGAGUUCGGAUUUGAUCCUACUACAAGAAAACACAAAGUACUGUGUAUUUGUCAUCGUACAACUCAACAACCAGGUGAAUUCUACAUCGAUGGCCCCUAUCAAGUUUGCUACGUCUUGACCAUAGGAGACAAUGCGUGGAGAAGGUUAGAUGAGGUCCUGCCUUGUGACAUUGACUACAUCCUGCCUUCUUCUGUUCAUGUGAACGGUACUAUCUAUUAUUGCACUGCUCGGUUUUUGUUUGGCAGUUGGGCUGGUGGUUGGAAAAAUGGUGAUGCCGUAUUGGUUGCAUUUGAUGUCGGUAUUGAGAAGUUUAGAACGAUUCUAAUUCCUAAUGUAAUCCUCAGUAGCCCGCCUUCUGAUUAUUGGUUUAAUCAACAUGCCUACUUGUUAGAAGUGAAUGGGCAUGUAGCUAUAGCUUGCAGAUUUGGUGCUUAUAUUGCCAAGAUUUGGGUAUACAUAGAAGAUACCGAGAAUGAUAACAACGGAACUUGUGAGGAGAAAUGGGCUGAGCAUACCAUCAAAUUUCCUUUCUGUUGGGAUAGAAAUACAUAUUGGGGUUUUUAUACAGGUGCAGGAAUGGACCAAAUACUCGUACAAUCUGAUCGAUGGGUUGUUAGUGGAAUUGACCCUGCCUGCACUCUUUAUUCUUACGAUCUGAAGAUGAAGACGUUCACCGCAAUUGAAGUCAGUGGGAUUCCUUCUUCAAUUUCAAAUGACUGUUCUAUUAAAUUGGUUUCAAGUUUUUCCGAAAGCCUUUGGGCACCUAUUCAAAAGCAGCAGUGA